UUCUUAGGACAGCCGUAUUCUGAAGAGGUCCUCUACUCUGGUCUGGCGUGAUUAAGAACUUCUCUGGUUUGACCCAAGGCCGGCCCUAGUUGUCCUUGUUUUAGUUUCCGACUACCCGUUGCAACUAGGAUUUCAAAUCCAAACAGUGGGUCAUCUAUCCAAGAGCACUGAGGUUAUGAAGCUUGUCAAUAACCUCAUGAAGGCUCCAGAAGUGGCCGCAACAAUGCAAGAAUUCAGCAAAGAAAUGACCAAGGCGGGAGUAAUUGAAGAAAUGGUAAAUGACGCUCUUAACGACGCACUUUAUUCAGAAGGCAUCGAGGAGGAGACCGAACAAGAAGUUGAGAAGGUUUUGACAGAAAUAGCUGGAGAAACUGCAGCACAGCUUCCUGUAGCAGCGAGAAGAGAGAGAUUAAAGCAACCCGUCCAAACAGCAGCUGAGGAAGAGGCUAUAGCCGAGGGUGAUGACGAGGAAGAACUAGAAGCAAUACGGGCAAGACUUGCCAAAGUGAGGUCUUAGGUCAUACUCAUAAUGAUGCUAUCCUUAGUCCCUUGCCCAUUCAACCUCAUCUUAGUAACUAUUCAAUGAAUUUGUAUUUGCAACCAAGGUUUCGCAUGUUCCUCAUAUGAGAGAGCUAUUAGCAACAUGACUGUUGGAUCUACCACUAGUUAAAUUAUAACCAGAAAGAGACAAAAUGUGAUAUCUGUAAUAUAUUGUUCUCGAGUUUAGUUUUUUUUUCAUAAAUCCAUGUGUAUUUGGCGAUUUUUAGAACUACUGCAUGGCAAAUGUUCUUGUCUUUCUUUUGCUACUCUUCGGUCACGAAUACUUCCCCGUCAUGUGAAGUUUUUGACAGAGAUCUGAAUCAACUGUGCUAGCUAGCUAUUAGUACGGUUUGUU